AUGUCAGCUUCAGCCGUGAGUACUUUUCUAGCUGGAAUGCUGAUGUUGGUAGUUCUACCAGAAUGUUGGUCUCAGAAAGAGACAGGAGAUGAACAGUACUCUCCCAUACUGCUUGAAAAACGGUUCCACAAUAAAAAUGGUGUAUAUGUCAAGCCUAAAGAGGAUUUGCCUGGAAUUGAGUAUUUAGAUUCAAACAAAGAAAUACCAUUGCUAAAGCCAUUUGUUGAUUACUACGUCAAUAACCUUGGUUACAAGAGAGGCAAGAGCAUUCGUGGUUCCACUUAUGAUUGGAGGCGCGGCGCAAAUGAGAUAAAGAAGUCAACCGGUUUCUUUCCACGCACCAAGUACAUCAUCGAAGACAUGUACACAAAAAACGGAAAUCGCAGCUUAACACUCGUCUGCUUUAGUAUGGGCUGUCCUGUUACUCACCACUUGCUUACUAGAACAGGACUCACCCAGGAGUGGAAGGACAAACACAUCCAUGCUUAUGUAACCGUUGUCGGGGCUUGGGCAGGUGGUGUGCACUUCCUUCAAGCUGUGAGCUCUGGCACAGCAGCCGAUACGCUUCUUGGGAAAUUGGAAAAUUUAGGAAGUUCUAUAAAAAACGUAUUAGGUACAUAUCUCAGUUACCUUGAGCGUUCAUUUGAGGGUCUGUACUGGCUCAUGCCAAGGACCCCUAUCUGGAAUGACGAGGUGCUUGUCUCCACACCAUCAGGCGACUACACUGCAAAACAGUAUGAACAGAUGUUUAAAGACUUUGGCAAAGGUUUUGAACACAGCUAUGCAAAGUUUACGACAGCUAUCAGCACUGGAGCCGACUUCCCUGCUCCAAAUGUCCGAACCUACUGUCUCUAUAGUCUUGGUGUGGACACUCCGGAACAUUUGGAGUAUACGAAAGCUGAGAUUAGGGGACAGACCCCGAUUAUCACGAUGGGAGACGGUGAUGGGGUUAUCAACGCUAAGAAUGCUGAAGUAUGCCUGCAAUGGAAGAAUAUGAAGAACCAUAAGUUCGUGUCUUAUGUGUGCCGCGGUUUGCAACAUAAUAACAUAUGUGGCACUGAUUUGUAUCCCUACAUUGGAAAGAUUGUGAAGAUUCCGCAAAGUGAAACAAACUCUGAGAUGAACAAAAAGAAAAUGAAGUUUGAUGAGAGUGUUGCUUUGCUUGAAGCCAUUGGAGAAAAAUUCAGAUCAUCUGAAGUUACCGUUCAAGAGGAGAUUGUGCACAUUCUUGAGAAACUGAUCGAUUAG